CAAAAGCGGCAGCAGCAGUAGCGCGGCGGCCGCUCGAGGGCUCUGCCCGAGCGCACGCGGCCAGCCUCUCCGCCCCUCUCGGCGCUCGCAGGUGAAAGCGGCGCCUGCCUGACGCGCUCGGGCGGCGUUUCCGGGUGCCGAGCCAGACGCUCUCGGGCGGCCCGGCAGCAUGAGCGGCUCCGAGGCGGCGAGGCAGCUGGAGCUGCUCGGCGGCCUCAAAGAGCAAGCUAUUGGUGAAUAUGAAGAUCUAAGAGCAGAAAAUAAGAAAACAAAAGAAGAGUGUGACAAAAUCAAGCAGCAGAGAGAUGAAGCAGUCAAGCAGUUGGAAGAGAUUCAGAAAAUUUCUCACAUGGUCAUUGAGGAAGUGAGCUGCAUACAGAGCCACCUUGAAAUUGAGAAGACAUGCCGUGAAAGUGCAGAAGCUCUGGCCACUAAGCUGAACAAAGAAAACAAGACUCUGAAAAGAAUCAGCAUGUUGUACAUGGCAAAACUGGGGCCGGAUAUAAUCACUGAAGAAAUAAACAUUGAUGAUGAAGAAUCGUCCACAGAUACGGAAGGUAGUCCAGGGGCAUGUGACUCGGUGCUUUGCCAGCAGAUGAUAAAAGAUCUGCGGGAUCAAAUUAUAUCUCUUCAAGAGGAAAAGAAGGCCUUAGCCAUUGAGCUGGAAAACCUGAGGAGCAAAUUAGCAGAAGAAAUUGUGGAUGUAAAUAAAGUCAAGGAAGAAAAUGCAGUCUUGACAGCCGAAGUUCAGAAGCAGCAGAAGGUGUUGGAAAAAUGUAACCGAAUGUCUGUACUGGCAGUAGAAGAAUAUGAAGAGCUGCAAGUAAACUUUGAAUUGGAGAAAGAUCUGCGACAGAGAGCAGAAUCCUUUGCACAGGAGAUGUUUAUUGAACAAAAAACACUGAAGCGGCAAAGUCAGCUUCUCCUGCAAAAUGCUGGCCCCGACGAACAGCUUUUGAAAGCUCUGGAUGAAAAUGCCAAGCUGAAUCAAUUACUGGAGGAAGAGAGGCUGCAACACCAGCAAAAGGUUGAAGAGCUGGAGGAACAAUUAGCUAACGAAGUCUUGAAUAAGGAAAUCAAAUCCCUUAAACAGCAGCUAGAACUUUUAGAAGAAGAUAAAAAAGAAUUAGAGGAAAAAUACCAGAGUGCUGAAGAAAAAGUUAAAAACCUAAAGCAUUCAGUCGAAGAGCUUCAAAAAAGAAUACACCAAUCAGAAAAUGUUAUGCCACCACCUCCUCCUCCUCCUCCUCCUCCUCCUCUUCCUCCUCCACCUCCUCCACCUCCAAAUCCAAUAAGGUCACUGAUGUCAAUGAUUCGUAAGAAGUCUCAUGCAAAUAGCAGCAUGGCGAAGAAAGAAAAGGCAUCUCAGCAAGGCUCAGGAGAAGUAUCGGAUCUGAAGAGACAAGCUGUUGAAGAAAUGAUGGAUAGAAUUAAAAAGGGGGUUCACCUUAGACCUGUUAAUCAGACCAACCGUUCUAAGACAAAGCCAGAAGUACCCAAACCCUCUGAGAGUGCAAUGAAAGAGUUAAAGGGAAUUCUGGAAACAAUGAAUACAUCUGCAAGUUCAAGAAGCCUAAAAUCCCUUGAGGCAGAUAGUAAUGAAACAGAAUUAGAAAGAAUUUUGCGGCUCAGGAAGGUGACAACCGAUCAAGAUAAUAGCAAUCCAAUUGGAAUAUUGGCUUCUUCUGAAUCCAAAUCUAUGCCAGUGUUGGGUUCCAUUGAAACACAGUCUGGAUUGAACAAGAAAACUCUGGCAGCAGAACUUGGUCCCAGUUCUUUGGGGUCAGAUGAAAAGUGUCACAAAAUGGUUGAAAGCACAAGUUCCGACAUUCAGUCAUCAACCAACCUGGGGCUUAAAAAUAAGGUUGCUGGUACAGAAAAGGAAGCAGAAUCCAUGGUACUACUGAAUCCUGAGAAAACCAAAGAGCACACGCCUGGACAUGUGAAUCAAGACAAGGGGACUGAAGAAAAAGGUCAACAGCUUCAUAAAGAUGCUAGCGUUGGGAAAACAAAAGAGAUAGACAGCUCUCAUUGCUAAUUGAUGUGCUAAAAGGCAUUAACUUCUGGAAGUUCCUUUCAGUGAGCGUCAGUUGUUUCAUUUAUGUGUACUGGGAAGGGCUUAAUUCUGUAGGGUUGUAUCCAAUUUAGUUGUACUCAGAGUAGAUCCUUUGGGUUGGAUUCAGCUAAGUUGUUGCAGUAGCAAAAACCAAUGCAAUAAGUCUCGCUAGCACAACAAGGACUUCUCCCGCUGUGUGCCCCCUGCUACCUCCCCAAAUCUGCUCAGGUCAGGAAACCCCCCAGAACAGCACAAGUGGAGAUCAUUCCAUCUGGCAAGCAAAAAUGCUUGCACUGGAACAAUUUCCAUAGUGCAGCCUGGAAUUCUACACAUUGAAAUUAAUGGGUGUAAGUAACUUAAGUCUAUUAAUUUCAAUGGGACUACUUGGAGUAGUGCUUAACUGAAUGCAACUCCUCCUAGUUUCUAAUCAUGUAACCAUAAUUGUUUAUUGAAAUGACCUUAAGUUAUAUACAAUUUGACUUUCUCCUGUAGCAGCAGGGAAGUUUUUACUGAAUUAUCGUAUUGGGUUUCUUUCUUAAAUUAUGCAGUACAUCAAAAUUUAUUUUGAUAUUAUUUUAUAUUGAUGCCUUGUUUAGGACUGAAAGCUCACCAAAACUGAUAGAUUGAGCUUUAUUUAGGUAAUCACAGAAAUGCACUUCUACUGAUAGAUACAGCCACAAAUCAGUUUUAGAAAAGGAAAGAUGAACAUAACUCACUUUAAUAAGAAAAGAUAUAAGUGAGCCUUUUGGCCAUCCAUGUGGUCUCUUCACACAAGCAAUCCAACCAACCAGGAAGUUUUUCCUUAAUUAACAGAUCUGGUUAACAGAUUUGGAACAAGCCAGGGUGUUGAGCUGCAUUUUGUUGUUGUUCAUUGAGGAUGUAUGUGCAGCCAAAAGGCUUGUCCCAAAUGUACUGGGGACUUCUCUGCAAGACUUAUGAAAUUUUGAGCUACCACUUGAUUAAAAGGGUCUUUAGCUACAGUCUUGUGCAUUCACUAGGCUGUAAGUCCCAUUAAAAAUAGUAGAACUGAGCACAAAUGUUUAGAACUGCACUGUUAGUCAGUCAAUUGUAUUGCUUUUAAUAUAUCACUGUUUGCAUAUAUCUGCAUAUGGCGAAGAGGCACAGUUUUUAAAAGAAAAGGUAUCGAUUCUCUUGGUUAUUAGGUUAUAUACAAAUAUGUUGUAGGAGAUAUCAUCAUGAAAGACACAUUCCUCCUUCUGUUUCAUGGGGAAUGCCAGUGGUGCUUUUUAAAAGUUCUGUACUAAAUUAGUUAUUUUUUAAGCUGUUCCCUAAUUAGGGCACCAUUUUCAGUCAUUCAACAGUGCAAUUCUGUGCAUGUCUGCUCAUAAGUUUUUCCAUUGAUUCAUUGGGGUUUACUCCUAGGUAGGUGGCUACAGAAUAACACCCUUAAAAAAAUGCACAAGAGUUUAUGCAAUUUCCAUUCGUUUCAAAGAAGCUUCUACAGGAAAAGUCCCCAAUGGAUUCAUACCCACAUAGCUAUACCUCAGUAGCCCAAACGAAUUCUAUAUAAGGACUAUUUUAUCCAUCUUACCCAUAACAGCUGUACUUAGAUACUUUUGAAAAGCAAAAACUCGGUAGUUCUGCCUUAUAACAGGCUCUUGUCAGCAGUGUCCCCUUGAGUAUUGUUUUGCUGUUGGCAGGAUCAGUCAGAGAAGUUGGCAAUAGCAAGCUGAUGCUUCCGAGGCAUGGCUUUCAAUGCCCCUGAAUUCCUUAUGGAAAAGAAAGUAAAUGAGGCCUAUUUCCUUUAAAAUAAUCUACCUGUUCAGACAUCAUACAACCCAGCUAGGUUUUGCAUUGAUAUCUAUAUAAAUGGCUUGAUUUCUCACCUAAUUUCCUUUCAACUGAUAUUUAAUAAAUAAUAAUAAUAAUUUUAUUAUUUAUACCCUGCCCACCUGGCUGGAUUUCCCCAGCCACUCUUUCUUCAUGCUUCUGCAAGCUUCAUACUUAGCACCAAACCAGUCAUUAAUCCUGGUUCCAUUUUCACUGCAGAGGGAAUCUGGAAUUCCUUUUUAUGCCUUAACAUAAAAUGGUCUGAUUUUGCUUGGAAGCUUCUCCACGCAGAGGGCUCUUAAUGUGUGGUGGUUCACCACGUGGACCAUAAUUUCUACAAUAUUCAUCUGCCAGGGAUGUUUUGUGCCAUUUUAAAACAGGCAGCAUAGUGAGCUGGCUCAUGCAAAGAACUGACCAUACGGAUGCUGUUUCAUAUGGAUGCAGUUUCAUGCAACUUCUGCUUGGUUGCCAUUUUGUUGCUUAAUUCUGUCCCCACCUGGCUUCAUCUGUCUUCCUUGAUGAAAUAAAUACUUGCUCAGGGAGGCAGACUAAAGCAGCACCCCAGUUCUAAGACAAGGAAGGCAAAUCUGACCUUCCACCAUGGUUACACCAGUGGUACUCAUACUACGUAAGGCACUUAUCGGCCAUGAGCAGAAGCUGGCUAAAAUCCUGAGUGUCAUAGUUUUCACUUAUGAAUCAAAAUCAUAGUUAACAAUGUUCAAUGUCCAUCUGUUAAGAAACCCAGAUUCAUUGCAUCUUUCAGUUCUUAUAGUUCCUAUAUCCGUAAUGUUCAAAAUCUUACUCCUAUUAUAGGUUUGUAGUUUCCUGCAUACAAAUAUUGUAGAAUUAAGUGCAUUGCAUCUACCAGAAGUAGUUUGCCAGUUAUCUUAUACCUGGAAAUGAGAGGCAAAUUGUAUUAAACAAAAGCAUCUAAAAUACAUACAGUAGCUGCUAAACUGCUCUAAACCCCCAAGCAAAUAUUUUCGUCUGUACACUCAAUAAAAACAAGCUAGCCAUCUCUCUGGAUAAGACAGCUGUUGUUGUCCAACUAGGCCUUGUGGCACACCAGGCAAGGUGUUAAUGGAGUUAGAUAAACUUAGGAAAACUAAAAACCUUUCUAUAGUCAGAGUGUCAUUUCACCACCCAGAAAAUUCAUGGUCCUUCCUGAGAGAUUAGACCAUGUUGUGUCUCCACACAACUUACGUUAACCAAUACUUAGCUCUCAUUAUGCAGCCAUGGCCUCUUCCCUGGAAAGCUGUGGGCAUCAUAGUAAGUUUUCCAGUUUAUGUGGCAUUUUAAAGUAGCUGUGAUCUUCACUAACACCUCUGUGCUGCAUAGGAGAAAAGUGGUGGUCAUGGUUUUGCUGCCUGUGGCAAGAGGUCAGCCUACAGUUUCUUGCAGUCUUAGCCAUAUUUUAAAGUGCUGCCUCAAACGUUCUGCUCUUUUCAAAUAAGGGCUCAGCAUUUCUGUUGCCUGCAUGCACUUCACUGAAAUGCCUACUUCCGUGCAUGUUUCUAAUUUACUGUCAACCAUGUGCAGCUGUGACACACUUCAUCAACUUCUUUGCUUAUCAAUAACCCAGGAAGAAUGUUGUGUGUAGGCACAUCUAGAACAUGCCUCCAGCUCUUGGUGGUCCUCCUCUAAUGGGACUUUGGUUGCUAAUUGCUGAGACUUCCAUUAUUCUUUUUAUCAGCACUUUGCACAUUUUGGGUUUCUACAGCGAUCAGAAAUUAGUAUAUUUGACCAUUUUGAGGCAUCUCUUGAGGAAAAAAACUUUUCCCCAACUGUUUUUUCAACUAAACAUUCAGUCUACCAGUAUGUCAUUUCCUGAUUGUUCUGCCAGGCUGUGCAAACCCUGUGCGCAUGUUACUCAUGUGUAGAGAAUGCAUGCGUAUGGACCAGAGCAUUUUUUUAAACAUCCAGCUUUAUUUUUAACAACCACACAUAAAGUGUGGCUGUCGGUAUAAGAAGGCCAACACCCAAGCACCUCCUCAUAUGUAGGGCCUCCAUGCAGUUAGGACGCCCAAACAGCCAAGUGUCCAAAAUGCACAAAGCCUUACGGACAAGGAGGCAUGUUGCCAUUCCUGUGCAGACUGUGGCUGGGGUGCUGUUUUGGGGGUGUUGUUGGGGAGUUAUUGCUUUUGGUCCAAUUUUAGAUCCUGUGAUUUAUGUGGAAAUUGUUUGGUCUGCUUGGGCAUUUUACUAUUUUCUUUAUUGUUUGUCACUCCUUUUGUUACAUUUUUUCAUGUUGUAAGGUGCCUUGAGUAUGGUCAGAACUGUGGAAAGGCAGCAUACAAAUAAAAUUAUGUAUGUUUGUACUGACAGCCACACUCAAUGCACAGUUCUUAAAAAUGCUCUGGUCUGUACUAGAGUAUGCCUUAUGCAUGAGUAACAUGUACAUGGAGCUGCAGGCAGCUGAAUCAUUUCACAAGACCAAGUCUAUAGAAAUCUUGUAUUGAGCUGACCUUCUCCUGUGGCUCCAUAUUUAAUAAACGUAGGUAUAGUAUUUAGGAUCAAGUAUAGGUAGCAGCUUCUGUCUGUUUUAAAAGGCUUAAGAGCAGAGUAAUAGAAUCUCAUAUGGAGACCACCAAAAUUCCUUUCUCCAUUGCACCCCUCCAGUGAGGAGAUUAAUAAACAUUUGCAUGUGCUGUGCUGCUUAAAGAAUAUUUACUUGUAAACCAACAUGUACAUGGCCACAAAGCACCAUGUCCAACCAGUAGAUCAUGGCAUGUCCAACCAGUAGAGCAUGAUCUACCGGUAGAUCCCUGGCUGAUCCUGGUAGAUUGCGAGAUCAUCCCCAAAAGCUCUGCAAUCCUCCCCCCCAAAAAAUCUCAACAACUUUGGGCAACCCACCCACCCCACGCACACUCCUCCUCCCUCCAAUGACAAUGGGUAGAUCACGGCCAGGUUUUUAUAUAUAUAUACUAGGAAUAUAUCACAGUCUCUUGGGAGUUGGACGUGCCUGCUAUAUAUGUUGCAGUGAAUCAGCAUCAGGCUUCUUUUAUUCUACUGUAAAAUGACACCUGAAAACAAUAGCCUGUCAAAACAUCAUGGGGUUGUUUUUGUUGGGGGUUUUUUUAACUAAGUGAAAUAGCUUACAUAGCACAAUUAUGGCAUCACUCAUUUCCCAGUGAAGACAGUGACAAAUGUGCUUUUUACACAGUUUUCACGUUUCCAAAAUCAACAUACUUUUUACACUACAGUGGACAGGUGCGGUCAGGACUUUCUCCUUUAAAAAACAAAAAAACACUUGAGCAAUUUAAUGUUAGUUUGAAAUUGGGUAGUAAUGUUCUUGAAUGCACUGUGAGAUUUUAAUGAUAGGAGACAAUGAUCAGUAAUUAGGAUUAAAUGAUGAAUGUGUUUGGUUUGUUAGCUUGGCUUUAUAGUAGUUGUUCAAUGCUUAUCUCCUGAAAAGCAAAAUCAUUAAAAGCUAUAAUCCUAUAUACACUUCCCUGGGAGAAAGCCCCACUGUCUGAGUCAGGGCCAGCCCUACCAUUAGGCACAGUGAAGCAGCAGUCUCUGGCAGAUGCCAUGAGAGGACAGCAAAUAAUUAUUUAAUUUAUUAUUGUGUUUUUACUCCCAGGAAGAGGUGGUUGUGGGAUUUUCUGCCUCAGAUGUCAAAGUAACUUGACCAGCCUAAGGUACAUAUGCACCAUGACCAAAGGUGCACAAUUUGCUUGCACUGCCUCAGGCAGCAAAAUGUAUUGGUCGAGACCUGCCCUAAGUAGAUACAUUUAGGAUUGCAUUGUUAGUGUGGUAACUGUGUGCGUAAUUUUUAUUUUUAUUUUGCAUGUUUGUUAAGCAAAUAAUGGGAUCGAUCUAAUCAGUUAACUGUUUCAUAAAUAUGGGGAAACAUGUCCAUUUGCUUUCCAUGAACUUGCCCUUCAGUAGGUUUUGUUUCCUACUAAUUGCUUUUGCACUUAGAUAUAAGUUUGAUUACAAUGAAUUUCAUACGACAAUUUCUAAAUGUAUUUUUCCUUGAAUUCUUACAGGAGAAUAUGCAAAAAAAUGAAAAAUGUAUUUCUUUCUAGUUAAAUUAUUUGUUAUACUAUGAUAUAAAUUAUUUAUCUUUUUAAUGCUGCUUAUUAAAAAGGGUUUUUGACUUUUU